UGAGCCCUGCUCUUGCAGACCGGCCCGGUGGUGGAGCAGGCUGUGCGCGGCCUUGUCCUCGUGCCCACCAAGGAGCUGGCGCGGCAGGCCCAGGCCAUGAUCCAGCAGCUGGCUGCCUACUGCGCCCGAGACAUCCGCGUGGCCAAUGUGUCAGCCGCUGAAGACUCGGCCUCUCAGAGAGCUGUGCUGAUGGAGAAGCCUGACAUCGUGGUGGGGACCCCGUCGCGCCUAUUAAACCACUUGCAGCAAGACAGCCUGAAGCUGCGGGACUCCCUGGAGCUGCUGGUGAUGGACGAAGCCGACCUCCUCUUCUCCUUUGGCUUCGAGGAGGAGCUCAAGAGCCUCCUCUGUCACUUGCCCCGGAUUUAUCAGGCUUUUCUGAUGUCGGCUACCUUUAACGAGGAUGUGCAAACACUCAAGGAGCUGGUCCUGCAUAACCCAGUGACCCUCAAGCUGCAAGAGUCCCAGCUGCCAGGGCCAGAGCAGCUCCAGCAGUUCCAGGUGGUCUGUGGCGCGGAGGAAGACAAGUUCCUGCUGCUGUACGCCCUGCUCAAGCUGUCGCUGGUGCGGGGCAAGUCCCUGCUCUUCGUCAACACCCUGGAGCGCGGCUACCGGCUGCGCCUGUUCCUGGAGCAGUUCAGCAUCCCCGCCUGCGUGCUCAACGGGGAGCUGCCCCUGCGCUCCAGGUGCCACAUCAUCUCGCAGUUUAACCAAGGCUUCUACGACUGCGUCAUAGCGACGGAUGCCGAAGUCCUGGGUGCCCCGGUCAAAGGCAAGCGCCAGGGCAAAGGGCCCAAGGGGAACAGGGCCUCUGAUCUGGAGGCGGGCGUGGCCCGUGGCAUUGACUUUCACCACGUGUGUGCCGUGCUCAACUUCGACCUCCCCCCCACCCCUGAGGCCUAUGUCCAUCGAGCUGGCAGGACGGCACGUGCCAACAACCCAGGCGUAGUCUUGACCUUUGUGUUGCCCACGGAGCAGUCCCAGCUGGGCAGGAUUGAGGAGCUUCUCGGUGGAGAGAACGGGGCCCCCGCCCUGCUUCCCUACCAGUUCCGCAUGGAGGAAAUCGAGGGCUUCCGCUAUCGCUGCAGGGACGCCAUGCGCUCGGUGACGAAACAAGCCAUCCGGGAAGCAAGGCUGAAGGAGAUCAAGGAGGAGCUCCUGCACUCGGAGAGGCUGAAGACGUACUUUGAGGACAACCCCAGGGACCUCCAGCUGCUGCGCCACGACCUGCCCCUGCACCCCGCUGUGGUCAAGCCUCACCUGGGCCACGUGUCUCUUCCAGUUCCUCCUGCUCUUCGCGGCCUGGUUCGCCCUCACAGGAAGCGGAAGAAGCCGUCCUCUAAGAAAGUCAAGGUAUGCCCCGCCCCCCCGGCCUUGGUAGCAGCUGUGGUCUCCCCCACCUGGUUCCCUGUCACCCCAUCUGCACACACCUCGGAGGAGAGGGGUCCCAACAUCUGGCCAAACUCCUGGCCGCAAGGUCAGAGCCAGGGCCUGGGGCUCCUGCCGCCACACACGUGUGCCUUCAAGACGAGGAGGACAGGCUGUCUGUCCUGCUGCCGUCCAGGCUGCAGAAGGUGAAGGCCCAGAACCCACUGCGCAGCUUCAAGCACAGAGGAGUGAAGCAGAGACCCAGGGCGGCGCCCUCCUGAGGGCGUCCAGG